CUAACCUUCUUAAAUUUUUUUUUUAAAAAAAAAAAAUCAGUUGGCACCGGUUUGAACCGGUGCUAAAUAGUGUAGUUGGCACCGGUUUAAUUCAGAACUGGUGCCAACUAUGAAUUUUUAAGUCCCGCCCAUUUAUUUUGGCACCGAUUUUCAAGAACCGGUGCUAUGGGGGGGUGCCUAUUAAGUUUUUUCUACUAGUGAAUAGAUCUUUGUUCAUCUUUUUCGCAUCAAGUGUAGCCAAAUAACUAAGGGUUCGUUAGUUUUUAAUUUCGAUAUCUAAGAUAAAAAGAUAGUUGUUGAUUAAUUUAUGAUCUGUGUACCAGGGUGCACCAUGAGCAUGGUGCACCAGGCCCAAAACGACAGCCUUCAAUACAAAAUGCAUACCCCAAUCAACCAUGUAAAAGGCGGAGAGAACAUUAGAUUAAUUUGUAAAGAACAUGGAGUGUAAAAAGUACAUUAGACCCUGAGUAAAAGAACGCGAGCAAUUAGGAGUUAGUUUUUUUACUGAAUUUCGAAAAGUUACCCCCAUGGUCCACAAUAAUUGUAAAAAAAUCUUUUGGUUGAUAUCAUUUCCCAAAAACUCGUUUCUCUCUCUAUUCAAAUUAUUUUCUCUGUUUGCUCAACUAAGAACCCUAGUGUAAUUUGAAAGCUUGAGUAUAUGGCCGAAUUAUAUGAAAGUAGAGAACCUACAGUGAUUCGUGAAGAACAAAGUCAAGAAGAACAAAUUGUGGUCCGAGAAGAACGACAAGAUGAUCAACAAACUUGGUUUUUUAUUUAAACAUUUUAGUUAUUUGUUUUUAGUGGAUAGUUGAUCCAUUUGUUUCUGAUUUAUUUUUGGAUCUGAUGCUUUUUAUUUUUGGUUAUUUGUGGUUGUUUAUCAGUAAAUGACAAGAAGAUGUUGAGUAUUCUCAAAAAAGGGAGCAAAAGUGCAGUCAUUGUAGAUGGUAUAGGUCCGAUUGUGGACCCGACAAUCUUAAGAUCCAUAAACAAUAUGGAUGAUAGUUCCAAGGUUGGCGAAGAUGAACCCAAAGCAAUCAAAUCCGAAAAGGCAUCAUAACCUCAAGAACAGAGUCUACCAAAAAAGAAAAUAGAUUAUCGGUUUAAGCAAAUAGCUACAAAAAAAAAAAAAAGAAAUUUGAUCCUAAACAAAGUAAAGGAGGUGAUGCAGAUUCAAAAAAACCAGCUACUAGAGAGGCACUUAAGGAUGUUGCUCCAAAAGAAAAGAAAGUGGUGCUAAAGAAGAGGAGGGCACCAAUUGGAGAGCCUUAUUUUGAGGUUGUUGAGAAACCCGAAGUUGGUGUUGCACAAUCAGCUUCCCAAUCAGGAACUACAUUAUCAAUGGUAACUAUACCAAAGGAGGUUUCAAAGGUGAAACCUACUCAGAAAAAAAAGAAAGCAAAAAUAGAUAAGGAUGAUGAAGAGGAUGAGGAGGACAUUUCUAUUCUUCCUGGUAGAGGUGUUGUGAAACCUAGGCAUACAGUACAACCCUUAAUGAACUUGGUGAUUGCUUUAGAAAAUCAAGGUCAUAAGCUGCAAGCAAUAAAGAACAUGGGGUUUGGUGAGUUUUUACACCUUGAUCUACCUAGAAAUUCACCUGAGUUUGCUAUUAUGUUGGUAGAAUGGAGAUUAAUGAGAUGUGCAUAGUUUGUGGUAGAAAUCAGGUUUUAAGUAUCCAGGCAAUUGAUGUUCAUCUGUUAAAUGGAGUACCAUUUGGAGGAAUAGAAAUUGUAGAAGCUAAGCCUGGUGAAGAGGAGUAUGAUGAAUUGGUGAGGCAAUUCAAGAGGUAUCAUGGAGGUCAAGUACCUACUUUGACGAAGUUGGCAGUAAAACUAUGCUUGGAAACUACUCCACUUGAUGAUGACUGGUGAAGGAGCUUCCUUGUUUUAGUUGUCAACUCGUGCAUUAAGUCUGUGACAAGCACACAACUUUAUCUAAGCAACUGACACCAAGAAGAUCCCUGAAUAUGAUUGGUCUUCUUAUGCAAUAGAGAGUUUGAUUGAGUGGACGGUGUUUUGGAGGAAAAAAUCGAAUAAAUACUUUGCUGGGCCAUUGCCAUUUCUAAUGAUAUGUUACUUCGAUCGACUCCAAAAGCAUACUUUGUAUAUGCCUAGAGAAUUCUCAAUAUUGAAAGAGUGGAGACAAGAUGUCGUCAAGAAACGCAUUGGUGAGGAAUUGGGGUUUGGCUUUGGUCUUGGCAAAGUCUUGGACAAAAUUCCUAGACCAGAUGUUGUGGACAUCCCAAUACCACAAUAUCUUAUUGGAGUUCAAGCCAUCAAGGGAGGUGUUUUGCUUGAAGAGCUACAACAACAACAACCACCUGGAGAAGAGAAAGAACAAGCACAACAACAAACCCAACAACAACAACAACAACAACAACAAGAUAAACAACAACAACAAUAAGAUCAACAUAAUCAAUCAAAAUAGCAACAUGUCCCAACAAAUCUUCAGGAGUAUAAUCAAAUGCUCCGAGAGGCAACAGAGAGGAUAGCCAAUGAUUUUGUCAACCUAUCCAAUCUAUUGAGACUAGGUGAGAGGUUCCAUACAACUCCCUUGGUCGAGGAGACCACCAUCUACAAUGUUAAAGCCAUGUGGUCUAAAUGUGCCGGCGCCAAAUUACCUUCUGAAAUACAGCAACCCACACAAAAUCAACGUGUGGAAGGAGCUUCAAUACUGAGUCAGGACACUGACUUCUUUGCUUCAGAUUGGUUUGGGAACAUAAUUGACGAUGUCGUCAAGAAUGUGGUGAUGAAUGAUGGUGUACAACCCGAAGAUGUGAAUGGAAGGCAACAAGAAUAUGAGGGCAUAUGGAAGACACCACCAACUGCUCAAGUGGAUGAACCCUCAUUUGAGUUACGUCUUCAAGUUGAUGAUGUGGAUAAGGUGUUCAGCGAUCCAAUGAGUGAUAUUGAGAAGACCGUGUUCAGCGAUCCAAAGAGCGAUAUUGAGAAGACCGGGAUCCAUGGAAAAAAAACUGAAGAUAUUGAAGUUGAGAAAUCAGAAAAGAGUAAUGUUGAUACUGUGAAGAAUCAAAAGACAGAAAAAGAAAAAAGAGACAGAGGAAAGGGAAAAAAUCUAAGUGUCCAAGGAAAAACGGAUGAUGAUCGUGAGGAAAAGAAAUCAGAAAAAGGAGAAAAGGAAAUUGGUGAAAAAGGAAAAGAAAAAAAUGAGAAGAAUUAUGGAAAAAGAAGAGAAAGUGAUGAAAAAGAAAGGAACCCUGCUGUGCUUAUGCUCCAUGAUGUGAUUGGUCACAACAAACAAACCAGAUUCUUUAUCAACAUCAAAUUGAAUAGAUGCUUUGCAUCCUGUACGAAAGUUUCUCUUCUAAUAGACUUUUGGUUCAUCACCAAGCUUCUUUUCUUUAUUAAGACCAGCAUAAGAACACACACAAAAUCGUUGUCGAAUAGUAAACUUAUCAUUACUAUGAUUCAACUUCCCCUUUCGUGUACCAAAACCAUGUUUAAAGGCAUAAUUAUUGUACAACUCACAUGCCUCUUUAUCAGACUUGACUUUUUUGUCGAAUAGUUCUGAUUCCUUAGCCUUAGUAAAGCCUAAAAUAAAUAAUAAUAUAAUAUAAUCAUUAGAAAAACUAUAUAUGUACAUUCUGACUAGGCACAAUGUACUUUAUAUAAUUAAAGGAACAAUAAGAAAUAAUGUAAUGAACAUAAUAAAUACAUAAAAGAACAUACUAACCCACACUACAAAAUUCAAAAAAGAACAUUCAGUUAUUAAAACAAGAACAUAAUGAAUAAUUAAAUAUUACAUAACAUUUAUACUGCCAUGUACAUUUUAAUAAUAUAAAAUGUUCAUUUUAAUAAAAUGAACAUAUAUGCUUAAUCAAUAAAAUUAUUAAUCAAUAGAAUCAAUAAUUAUUUCAGUGCCUUAGUAAAUGAAAAAAAGAACAUAACCAAAUAUAGAAAGAACUUCAU